AUGUGCCCAAGUAUCCAAACAUUAGAUGGUUUAAAUUGGCAAAGUAUUAAUUUAAAAAGUUUUCAACGUGAUAUUGAUGGAAAUGUUUUGGAAAAUUUAAAUAAACAAUGUGGAACAUUUUUAAAAAGACUAAAUAUUGAAAAUUGUAAAUUUAUUACUGUGAUCAUAAUAUGCGAGAAUGGUAUUCGAAUAUUAGCUGAAUCAUGUCCAAAAUUUACUAUAUUUAAAGCUGAAGGAUGUACACAUAUGACAAAUAAUGUAGCUAUUGAACUUGGAAAAAAUUGUUCAAAUUUAUUAUUUCUUGUCUUAAACCGAUGUUCUUUCUUAACUGAUGAUCGUCUUAUAGCUUUAGCUCAUUAUUCUCCUUUACUUGACACAUUAAUUGUUGCUAAUUGUACGGGUUUAACAGAUGAUACAUUAAUAACUCUUGAAAGAUAUUGUUAUCAAUUUAACAAACUUGAUGGAAUUGUAUCUUCAGAAUUUAGUACAUUAAAUUUUUAUCAAUGGCUCAAAUCAGAAGAGUAUGUAUUAUAA